AUGACUGACAGCUUCCACUCAAGCAGGCAGUGGGAUGAACAGGCCAUGGCCAAAGGGCAAGGCAGGGAAGCAGGCCGGCCUCCUUCAGUCGCACCCAGCACCAAGCCACGGCCUGAAGUGGUCCAGACUGAAAGUGCCCUGUGUUUGACUUUUGUCAGCAGUAACCAACAUGGCAAACGGACAGGGCCUGCUGCCGCCUCACGGCCUACCCGCCUCACGCUGCCACCGUUAGAAGCCAGUGGCCGUUGCUGCCAGACUAGUGGCCUCGGUGAAGAGAUGCAGUGCCCCGAGGGGAGCCAUGCAGUGAAACCAUAUGAAAGAAUGAAUCUUGAAGAACUGCAGGAAGCUGAAGAUGACUUUGAGGAGGCUGAUAGGAGAGCUAUUGGAAUGUGCAGGCAUGAAUGCUUGCAAGAAUGGAAAUGUCUUCAGAGGAGGCAAAAGUAUGGGGAGCUAAGAGAAAUCUGUGGAGAGGAGUAUGUAAAGGAAGUUACAAAUGUUCCAGAGGAUGUUUGGGUUAUAAUUCAUCUUUAUCGGUCAAGCAUCCCAAUGUGUUUACUGGUUAAUGAGCAUCUCAGCCUGCUAGCCACCAAGUUUCCAGAAGUCAAGUUCCUCAAAGCCAUUGUAAACAGCUGCAUUCACAAUUACCAUGACAAAUGUUUACCCACAAUACUUGUGUAUCAAACUGGUGAAAUGAAAGGCAGGUUCAUUGGAGAAGCUGAAUGCGGGGGAAUGUAUCUUAAAGUGGAAGAGCUCGAACAGAAACUAGCAGAAAUUGGAGCAAUAGGAGCUGACUUGGAAGAAAACCCCACGAAAAACAUUAAGAAUACGCUGACGCUGCCAGUGAGAAAUAGUUCUGCUCAUGAGGAUGCCAAUAUGAAAAGCAGUGAUGUGAUGAAACCACGUUACUUGAGAAAAUUUUAA